AUGGCGGCGACCGUCGCUACGUCCCAACCCCUUGGGGGUGGAGGGCUUCACCCGUUGCAAGCCCAGGGGCUACGCGCCGGUGGCGGCGGCCAGCAGCAGCAGAGACAGCAGCAGCAGCAACAACAGCAGCAGCAGCAACAACACCAAGAGGAGGGUGGCGAUGGGGGUCUCGAUCUAGCCCACCGGAAGCUGACUCUCAAUGACUUCUAUAGAGUGCGGACAUUAGGGACCGGCACGUUUGCGCGUGUCGUCCUUGUGCGGCCCGCGAUUGGCAGCGAAGCGGAUCGCUGCAAGGUGUACGCGCUGAAGAUACUGCGCAAAACCGAAGUCAUCAAGCUCAAGCAAAUCGACCAUGUGCGCCACGAGAGGCAGAUCUUGGCCGACGUGUCAGGCCAUCCCUUCAUCACCAACUUUUGCGCUUCGUUUUCGGAUCACGACUUCCUCUACCUGCUGCUGGAUUACAUCCCCGGCGGCGAGCUAUUCACGUACCUGCGCAAGUUCCGGCGCUUCGACGAAGACAUGGCGCGUUUCUACGCGGCCGAGAUAGUGCUCGUGCUCGAGUACCUGCACGAGCAGCAAGGAGGGAUUGCCUACCGCGACAUGAAGCCCGAGAACCUGCUGCUUGAUGCUGAGGGGCACAUCAAACUGGUCGAUUUCGGGUUUGCCAAGCGGUUAGGUAAUAACAAGAACGAGCAUCCAGUCGAGACAUACACGCUCUGCGGCACCCCCGAGUACCUGGCGCCCGAGGUGAUCCAUAACAAGGGCCACACAACAGCCGUCGACUGGUGGGCGUUGGGUAUACUGAUUUACGAGUUCUUGACGGGCUAUCCGCCGUUUUGGCACCAAAAUCCAAUAGAGAUUUACAAGCAAAUCGUAGAAAAGCCGGUCGUCUUCCCGCACGAUCCGCCCAUCGGCGAAGAAGCGAAGGAUAUCAUCAGGCAGCUGUGCACCGUUGACCGGUCGCGGCGGCUGGGCAACAUUAGCGGCGGCGCAGCCAAGGUCAAGGCGCACCCGUUCUUCAACGGCGUCGACUGGGACGCCGUGAUCCAACGGCGCCAGCGCGGCCCUAUCAUCCCGCCCAUCCGAUACCCCGGUGACGCCCAGUGCUUCGACAUUUAUCCCGAGGAGGAUGCGGUGCGCGACGAGUACACGGACGAAAUGGCCGAGAGGUACGACGACUACUUUAGGGACUUUUGA